CCGCCAUCUGACAGUCGAUGCGUUAGCUAACCUCAAUCGAUUGGCGAUGUUAGAAAAGAUGUUCAAACUUUUGCGAAAAACACAAUUAUUAUGCAUCUGAGCGACAAUUUUGCAUGCGCAGUUAUUAAUUGUUGAUACCUAAAACACUAUUUAGCAGCAAAUAGCACCGGACUGUCUGACUUUCGUGUAUAAAUAGGUGGAUUUUGGAAAAGUGAAUUUGAAUUCUUUGUAAGUGUUUUUUGCUUUUGUAAAAGAAGUUGAAACCAAAAAUUCUGAGGGACUCAAACGACGCAUUCACCAGUAACUUCAUCAGCGGCGGAUCUAGGAGUUUCUUGAAGGGGGGGGCGCAGUAAUAUAGGAAUAAUUACUUUUUGUCUACCACAACCUUUAUUCUGCAGUGUUUUUAUUGCACUUGAAAAUCACAAAACACACGGAAACAACAAACAAGAAUAAAUAGUAUUAAAAAAAAACAACGAAGGAAACCAUAUUAAACUUAAUCUACAGUUUAGGGAACGUCGGUAAAAAUAAUGAAAAGGAUGAACUCAGGGGCGGCGCCCUUCCUGCGCAUCCUCCCCUCUCUGAAUCCGCCACUGAAAUUUAUUAAUGUACCUAUAUUUAAGUCAAGAACCAGUUCGAAACAGAGACAAGUACUUGUCUCUGUUCGAAACACUGAACUGGUGGUACUGGAUGAAACAUGGAAGCAACCAAUGUAAAGCGGAAGUCAUUGUUGAUAUAUUUUAUGAAAAAUUUGACAGUCACAUUUGUUUUCCUAUUUUAAGUAAUUUUUGUGUGCCGAGUUUAUGGGUAACUUAACUGAGCGGGUCUAUCCAAUGAAAAAUAUGUGUUAAUGUGAUUGCUCUAGUAGAAUGAAUUAUAACCUGCGACCAUCAUUAAGAAACCUAAGGAAUUUUACUUAGUAAAUGUUUUGAAAGGAGCUAAUAAUGGCAAGACCUAAACAUUUUUACUCUUUCAUUAUUGGAACACCCGAAAGAGCCAGUAUCCAUAGUUUGCCAUGCUACGUUGGUGUCCUCACAAUUUUUGCCCUCACUUGCCUUUAUGGCAUUGUAAUAUUGGUGGACAAUAUUCUGCCAACUCCUUUAACAGUUCUCGAUGAGUCACGUUAUCCACAUGCUUUUAUUGCCGAGAGAGCAUCGUGGGACCUGAAAAAUUUAACCGAUAUCGGUCCCAGGGUGGUAGGAAGUUACGAAAAUGAAGUACUUGCUGUCGAAUACCUGACCAAAACAAUAAAUUCUAUCAUGCAAGAGUCUCACCCAAAUCAAUAUUUGGAACAGGACAUUCAGAUUGUUACAGGGUCGUACUAUUUAAGCGCUAAGCAGGGAGUUAUUAAUGUGUAUGAGAAUGUUCAAAAUGUUGUCGUAAAACUGCAUGGAAAAAAUGGAUCUUCUAGUGUGCUGGUAAAUGCACAUUUCGAUUCUGUUCCCACAAGUCCAGGAGCUAGUGAUGAUGGAAUCAAUGUGGCAGUUAUGUUAGAGAUUUUGAGAAUAAUGUCCAAACUGGAAGAUAGACCGAUCCACAAUGUUAUUUUUCUUUUCAAUGGUGCAGAAGAAACUCCGCUCCAGGCUUCUCAUGGUUUUAUCACUCAACAUAAAUGGGCAAAAGAUUGUAAAGUUGUUAUAAAUAUGGAUUCAACGGGGUCAGGCGGAAAAAUCAUACUCUUCCAAACAGGCCCCAAAACACCAUGGUUGUUGAAAUACUAUAACGGCGUCCCACAUCCCUAUGGACAAGUUGCUGGGGAAGAACUGUUCCAAAGCGGAUUCCUCCCAUCCGGUACCGAUUUUCGGAUUUUUAGAGACUUUGGAAAGCUAGUAGGCCUUGAUAUGGCUUUUAUAAAAGACGGUUAUCGAUACCAUACCAAGAACGAUCAAUUCGCGUAUAUUCCACUGGGGUCGUACCAGCACGUUGGCGACAAUGCUUUAUUUCUCAUCAAAUCGUUUUCUAAUGCUCCUGAGUUAUAUGAGCCAGUUUCAACAGGAGAAGAAACAGUUUAUUUCGAUAUUUUGGGAUUAUACAUGAUAUCUUACAGCAAUUUUAUUGGAACGAUUGUUAACAGUUGUACUAUCGUUUUAUCAGUUGCUGUUUUCUUUUACUCCAUAUUCAGUUUGAAGUUGGCUUCGUCAAAAGCUACCUUAAAUUUUAUUGGAAUUACAAUGGCUGCUAUAUUGUGCAGCUGGAUACUGUGCAUUAUAUUCAUAUUUGUACUUGCCGUAAUUACUGAUCUUUUGGGGAAAACAAUGAGCUGGUAUAGACAUCCAUGGUUGGCGUUCGGCUUGUACGCUAUUCCAAGUACUGGCUUAUCUGGAUAUUUGCUACUUUUAAUUAAUCAUGAGAACAUAUCUCUAAAUAUUCGCUGUCAAAUUCAAGCUCAUUUGGUGAGGCUGAUAUGGACAGUAGUUCUCCUGUUGGGAGUGUCUUUGAACAUUAGAGCUUCAUAUGCUUUAAUGAUUUCGAUCUUAUUUUCUUCAUUGGCUUUUGUAGCCAUUCAUGUUAUGCGCUUUCAGCAUUCAGUUAAUAUGUGGCGAGUCAUGUACAUACUAUUUCUGGUUCCGCCAGCGAUGAAUCUAAUGUAUCAGAGUCUCACAACUUUUUCACUGAUUAUUCCAAUGACUGGUUUUAUUGGUUCCGACAAAAAUCCGGAUUUGAUUAUUGGAUUAAUGGUUGUUACAUUCACAUUACUGAUAGUAUCUCCAGUGACUGCGUUGACCAAUUUGUUAAGGAAUGUUAGAUGCUACUUUAUUUUUCUGGGAGCCAUUUUCAUUUUGUUUCUUGUACUGAUGUUCACUCCUAUUGGAUUUCCUUAUUCGGGAGACAAUGAUACUUGUACACCGCAAAGGCAGUGGAUAUUGCACACUUCUAGAACAUUUUACAAUGAAACUGGAGCAACUGUUGAAGCAGAUGCCGGAUUUUUCUUUCUAAAUUUAGACAGAAAUUCUCCCAGAAUUUUGAAAAGAUACGUAAAAGACUUAAAUAGGGCUGUACCGAUAAGUGAUGAUUGUAAAAAUUAUCCCAUGUGUGGAAUGCCGGUAUCACAUCCUAGAAUGGUACAAAUUGUAGAAUAUAGUACGUGGAUUCCUGCAAGUAUACCAGUCUUUCCACAGCCUGUGAACGUAGAAGUAUUUUCAGGCGGUGUUUCGGAAAAUGUACUUCAAUAUAAUGUUUCUAUCACUGGUCCUGAUAGAGUCACUGUCCUCAUGUCGCCCAGAGAAAACAUAACUUUUCUUAAUAUCAGUUUAGUUGAUAAAGUUCAGAAAUCUGAAACGAUGUUUCACGAUCGUCCAUUAUACUUCCUAUGUUAUCAAUCUGGCAAAGGAGAUAUGAGAUUUAAUUUUACGUUUGACGUUCGAACACCUCAGAAUUGGAAGGGGCCUACAAUGAAUUUAACUGUAAUUGGCAGAUAUGUGCACACUGAUCAAAUUAAGAAAACUGCUGAAUAUAUCAAAUUAUUAGCACAAAUGCCCAAAUGGACUGUUGUUACAGCUUGGCUGGGUUCGAGUUACUUUUACGUGAUUUAAAAGUUAUCAAUUUUUUUAUAUCAAAAAGUUGUGCAACGAAGAUUUACGACUCUCUGUGUUUAGGUUUAUUGCAUGCGUAGCAUUAAUUUUUAAUUAUUGUAAACGAUUGAAAAUGUAUAAUGAAAUAAAUUAUACUUGGAACUUA